GUUUGGAACUACGCCACCCAGGGUGCAGUGCGCGUCGGCAUUGCGUCUGUCAGCGGCGUCCGGCGAGCGAGGGCUGAGAAAUGGCCGCUUCGCUGCGCUUCGACGGGAAGGUGGCACUGGUGACGGGGGCUGGAGGAGGUUUAGGAAGAGAAUAUGCAUUAUUAUUUGCAGAAAGAGGAGCUUCUGUUGUUGUAAAUGACCUUGGUGGUGACUUCAAAGGACAAGGCAAAAGUUCAUCUGCUGCAGAUAGAGUGGUGGAAGAAAUAAGGGCAAAAGGAGGCAAUGCUGUGGCCAACUAUGAUUCCGUUGAAGAAGGAGAAAAGGUUGUUCAGACUGCUUUAGAUGCCUAUGGAAAGAUUGAUAUUGUUGUUAACAAUGCUGGGAUUAUAAGGGACCGUUCUUUUGCGAGGAUGAAUGAUUAUGAUUGGGAUUUAAUCCAGAGAGUUCAUUUGAGGGGUUCAUUCAAAGUCACAAGAGCAGCAUGGAGCCACAUGAUGAAGCAAAAGUAUGGCAGAAUUAUUAUGAUCACAUCUGCUUCUGGAAUUUAUGGUAACUUUGGACAAGCAAAUUACAGUGCUGCUAAACUAGGACUCGUGGGACUGGCAAAAACCUUGGCUGUCGAAGGUCAAAGAUACAAUAUCCAUUGCAAUACUAUUGGUCCACUGGCCAGUUCCAGAAUGACUCAAUCUUUUUUUCCUCCAGACUUGAUGGAUAUUCUCAAACCUGAGCUUGUAGCACCUUUGGUGCUCUGGUUGUGCCAUGAAAGUUGCAAAGAAAGUGGUAGCUUAUUUGAGGUGGGAGCAGGCUGGAUUGGGAAAUUGCGUUGGGAGCGAACUCAAGGUGUUAAAGUAACACAGAAGAAUCAACAAAUGACCCCUGAAGCAGUGCGUGACAACUGGGAACACAUCUGUAACUUUGAUAAUGCAUUCAGCCCCAAAAGUACUAAAGAUGCACUUCAGGACCUAAUGAGCAGGGUUUACACUGAAGAAGAUAUCUCCACAAAUCUGACCAGUAGCCCAGUGCAGACUAGCACGUCAGGCAUCAAUCCAAUUGAAGCUAUUGGGAAAAAAACGCCUUUGAAUACAUAUACCUACAACAAUCUUCAGCCUAUUCUCUAUGCCCUUGGUGUUGGCAUGACCACAAAGGAUCCAGAUCACUUGAAAUUUCUUUAUGAAAGAAAUGAAGGGUUCUCUUGUUUGCCUACUUUUGGAGUAAUUCCUGCCCAAGAUUCCCUUAUUGAUGGUCUUGGAUCACUUCCUGGACUGAAUAUCAACUUCUCAAAGGUGUUACAUGGGGAACAAUAUCUGGAGCUAUACAAGCCUCUGCCAACUUCAGGGACACUGAAAUCAGAGGGUGCCAUUGCAGAUAUUCUUGAUAAAGGAUCCGGUGCUGUUAUAAUUCUAGAUGUUCAUACUUACAAUGAAGGAGACUUGAUCUGUUAUAACCAGUUCUCUGUAUUUGUUGUUGGAGCUGGAGGCUUUGGUGGAAAAAAGACGUCUGAUAAAGUUAAGGUUAUUGUGCAGCCUCCCAAUAGACCGCCUGAUGCUGUGGUCAGUGAUACGACUAGUAUAAACCAGGCUGCUUUGUAUCGAUUGAGUGGAGAUUGGAACCCUCUGCACAUAGAUCCAACUUUUGCAUCUUUUGGAGGGUUCAGAAAGCCUAUUCUGCAUGGAUUGUGUUCCAUGGGGUUUGCUGCUCGGCAUGUCUUAAAGCAGUAUGCAAAUAAUGAUGUGACAAAAUUCAAAGCAAUCAAGGUUCGUUUUGCAAAGCCAAUCAUUCCUGGACAAACAAUAGAAACUGAAAUGUGGAAAGAAGGAAACCGCAUCCAUCUUCGGUCAAAGGUAAAAGAAAACAAUGAGACUAUGCUUACUGGAGCAUAUGUGGAUCUGGAAGACACUGUGAUUCAGCCCAGAGCUAAUGAUACUGGCAUGAGAGCAGAACUGCAAAGUGAUCUAGUGUUUGCAGAACUUAGUCGCCGCAUUAAAGAUGUUGGCAGGGAGAUGGUUAAAAAAGUGAAUGCAGUGUUCCAAUGGGAUAUCACAAAAGAUGGGAAGACAGCAAGACAGUGGACUAUUGACCUUAAGAAUGGUUCUGGAGAAUUGUAUCAGGGAGCGGCACGGCAUCAGGCUGACACUACCUUGCUGUUAUCAGAUGAAGAUUUCAUGCAAGUGAUAUCAGGAAAGCUUAAUCCUCAAAAGGCUUUCUUUUCUGGCAAGCUGAAUAUCAAAGGAAACAUCAUGAACAGCCAGAAGCUUGAAAUGAUCCUUAAAGAUUAUGCAAAACUAUAAGAAAAUCAUGACUUUGAGAAUAUGUUUCUGUCCCUCUGUCUUUGAAGUACAGUAAUGAAACUCCUCAAAUGGUAAAUUUUCCCAAAUUACUCACUGGCUAACAGUUUUCUGCUUUUCAUUCAUUUGUUUGCUUCAGGUUGUAGCAGGAUGGUGAUCAUUCUUAAAUGACAGAAGAUAAAUUGUCUAUUAUUUCUGUACUUUGUGUAAUGGCCUUGAUUUUCUUAGUGUUUGUAUUAUUUACAAUGUUCAGAACAAAAAUUGCUCUGUAUUUUUUUUCUGUAAAACAUCACUGUUUUUGAGGAAUGGAGACAGUUGGGGAGAGCAUCCACUUAUGUGCUUGCUUCAGGCGGCUGCUGGAUUUAAAACAUUCAGAGGAAGCUGUUUUUGACUAAACAGUUGUAGUUAUAUUCUCGGACACUUCCUCAAAUUGGAAAGGUAACUUGCUGCUGCUGACAUGCCUUCCUUCCUUUGUUUCAGUUUAACAGUUUUAAUUCUGAAUAAAUUGUCAUUUAAAAUUUAUGAAAAGAAUUGUGGUUGAUAUUGCAUAUGUGUAUCUUUUCCAAAAAAACUGAUAAUUUAUAUUAAUUUUAAUGUGAUGGAAAUGUAAUCUAGAUAGGUGGGUUUGUAUUUCACUGUUGUGAAUGCACUAAUUGAAGUUUGUCUGUAUUUGGCUCAAUUGGAAGAAAUGAACUAUGCUAAGCAAUCUAAAUAAAGGAGACACUGAGGACCAAA